GGCACACUGCUCGCGUGUUUAAGCGUCUGAGGAAGGACUUUCCCCCUCUGUCAGUGGCCCCCAGCCACAGCCCGCUGCUUGCCCCGCAGCAUCGCUGCCGAGGAGGGGAGGGCAGAGCAGGAGAGACCCCCCCUGCACCGCUUCCAGCGCUCCCCGGGCUCACACAGGGAUCAGAGGCAGCCGGAGCUGCUGCACCAUGGCUUGGGGCGAGCUCAGCCUCCUCCGGUGGCUCCGGGAGAGCCGGCAGUCCAGGAAACUCAUCCUGCUCAUCGUGUUCAUCGCCCUGCUGCUGGACAACAUGCUGCUUACGGUAGUCGUGCCAAUAAUUCCCAGUUACCUUUACAGCAUCAAACAUGAGAAAAAUGCCUCAGAAAUCCAGACUACUAAACCUAGUGUAGUCUCAACAACGACGGACAAUUUUCAGAGCAUCUUCUCCUACUAUGACAACUCAACGAUGGUCAUUGGAAAUGAAUCUGAUAAGACACAACCCAGAGAGCUGCAUCCUACUCAGACAGAACAAAUGAUAGUAAAUGUGACUCCUUCCCCAUCUGAUUGCCCAAAGGAAGAUAAGGACCUGCUGAAUGAAAAUGUGCAAGUUGGUCUCUUGUUUGCUUCAAAAGCAACAGUGCAGCUAAUCACUAAUCCCUUUAUAGGGCCGCUGACGAACAGAAUAGGCUACCAGAUCCCCCUGUUUGCUGGCUUCUGCAUCAUGUUUGUGUCAACAAUCAUGUUUGCCUUCUCUGGAAGCUACACAUUACUGUUUAUUGCCAGGUCUCUUCAAGGAGUGGGUUCCUCUUGUUCUUCAGUAGCAGGGAUGGGAAUGCUUGCCAGUGUAUAUACAGAUGAUGAAGAGAGAGGCAACGCGAUGGGAAUUGCACUAGGAGGCCUUGCUAUGGGAGUCUUAGUGGGUCCACCUUUUGGGAGUGUCAUGUACGAGUUUGUGGGGAAGAGUUCUCCUUUCCUGGUGCUGGCAGCACUAGCUCUGUUAGAUGGAGCUGUUCAAUUAUUUGUUCUGCAGCCAUCCAGAGCACAAGCAGAAAGUCAGAAGGGGACGCCGUUACUGACACUUUUGAAGGACCCGUAUAUCAUUAUUGCAGCAGGAUCAAUCUGCUUUGCAAACAUGGCUAUUGCUAUGCUGGAACCAGCUUUACCCAUCUGGAUGAUGGAGACCAUGUGUUCAAAGAAAUGGCAGCUUGGUGUUGCUUUUCUUCCAGCUAGUAUCUCUUAUCUUAUUGGGACUAAUCUUUUUGGGAUACUCGCACACAAAAUGGGAAGGUGGCUUUGUGCUUUACUUGGGAUGCUAAUCGUGGGAAUAAGUAUUUUAUGUGUACCAUUUGCUAAAAACAUUUAUGGGCUCAUAGCACCAAACUUUGGAGUUGGAUUUGCCAUUGGAAUGGUGGAUUCUUCCAUGAUGCCAAUUAUGGGUUACCUUGUAGAUCUGCGUCACGUAUCAGUCUAUGGCAGCGUGUAUGCAAUAGCUGAUGUUGCCUUCUGCAUGGGCUUUGCCAUAGGUCCCUCUGCUGGCGGUGCCAUUGCAAAGGCCAUCGGAUUUCCAUGGCUCAUGACGAUUAUAGGGAUUGUGGAUAUCCUCUUCGCUCCCCUGUGUUUUUUCCUUCGAAGCCCACCUGCCAAAGAGGAGAAAAUGGCCAUACUAAUGGAUCACAACUGUCCUGUGAAAACAAAAAUGUACACACAGAACAACAUCCAGUCCUACCCCAUAGGUGAUGAAGAAGAAGAAUAUGAAAGUGAUGAAUAACAUGAAAAGCCAUAUAACAUAUUUUGGUGUACAAAAUGCAGUGUUUCAUGUGAAACAUCUCAUCCAGAAAUAGGUUUUAGUUGUACUGUCCAUUUAAUAAUGAAAUGGUCAAAAAAACCAAAGGUGUAUUAUUCAUCGCCCAUGGUUGUAAAGCAGACUGCUAACUGCCUUAUGGGGGGGGAACACGCUUUUUAUAGAGGAUUUGUAUAGUGUUAAUCUUUAUUUUAUUUAAUUUUAUUGAAUAGUAUAUUAUAUUUUUAUUAAUUGUGUAGUAUAGAUCUGUAUAAAUGUGAAUUUUAGCUGGUUUUUAAAGUCAACUCAUGUCAACAUUUCAUAUUUUAUUUGGAGUCAUAAGCUACUGUUGGGAGCUCCGGUCUUUCUUAUUGACUGGAAAGGCAGGAAAAAAAAAGCAAAGCUCAAAGAAAACCCAUCCUUUGUACCCUUUUAAAUCAUACCCUUGUAAUUACAGUGAGGGGUGAAGGCUGGAAUCCAGAGUGUGGACAUCGUGAUUGUUUUUUUCAUCAAUUUUAGGUCAUAACAUAUAUAUAACCAAAAAGACACUUCUUUGCCAAUUUAAAUGAGCUCUCCCCUAACCAUUCAUGGAAUGUUAAGGAAACCAGUACUUUAAACAGGUGAGUGUACUGCUAUCAGUCAGUACUAUUGAAUGAAGAAUUAGUUAACCAGUCAUGCAAUACAAAGCCCUCAAACCACACACCACCGGGUGAACAAGGAGGUAUGAAUGUGCACUGUUCCUUUCCCUUAAAGGGAAUAAGAACAGCAUGAAGACACUUUUUGUAUUUCUCUCUUUUGAAAGCUUUACUUUGAACAUAUCGCAACUUUAGUUUAGGCACAUCUUAGGUGACUGGUCAAGAAAAGCUGCAGCAUCACACUGUUUAGUUUUAGUAUGUACCAAGAGUAGGCUUGUAACUUAAGAAUUUCAAAAAAAAGACCUAUUUUACAUGCAUUUGCAUAUACAUCUGGAAAUUCAAUAUAUAUUUAUGUUCUAAAAUGAAUUUAAAUAUCAACUUUGCUAAAAAGAAAUGACCAGUUUGUUGCCAGUAUCUCUUACCGUUUGGGGACAGUCUAAUACAGGCGAAGAACUGUGUCAGGCAGUUCUGAGAAGAACCAGACUUCGAAAGAAAGCAUCUUAAACCAGUCCAAUGUCCUUAUCAACUGUGGUGUAUCUUUUCAUUUGCAAAACUAAAAUCUUUAUGUGCCUUCUUUCACGUAAUUGCAGAUGGUUUAUGUACUACAGCAUAGAUACUAUGUUUACAUAUAGUUUUGUAAAGCACAUAUACUAUUCAUGGUCAGAAAAUACAAAACAUAGUGGAUCAAACUUCAAGUAUUGCUUUGUCAAUAAUUACACAUGCAGACUGCAUUAAAAUAAAGUUAUCUGAAAGAAGCUCCUGAUCUACUGUAAUAAAGUAGAAACAAUUAAACAAA